AUGUGUCGUUUGUCGGUGGUUGUAUUAUUAAUUGGUAUAGUGGUUGGAUGUGAAGGUCAAGGUGCAGUUCAUAAACGAUUCGAAUACAAACAUAGUUUUCGAUCACCGAAUCUCGCACAAAGAGAUGGAUCUAUCCCGUUUUGGAUGGUAACUGGCAAUGCAAUUGCAUCUGGUGAAAAACUCCGACUGGCGCCCUCAUUGAGGAGCCAGAGAGGUAUUGCAUGGAACAAGAAACCGAUGGUCGAAUCGGAGAAUUUCGAAGUUGAAGUGGCGUUCAAAGUGGUUGGACAAGGUCGUGUUGGUGCCGAUGGCUUAGCUAUUUGGUAUACCGCUCAACAGGGUACUCUUGGACCGGUGUUCGGUUCGAACGAUUAUUGGACAGGUAUGGGCUUAUUCUUUGAUUCGUACGAUAACGACGCUCGGAAAGAUAAUCCUUAUGUUCUUGCGAUGAUGAAUGAUGGAACACGUUCAUAUGAUCAUCAGACCGAUGGUUCACAACAAAUGCUUGCUGGAUGUAAGAAAGACUUCCGUAAUACACCGUAUCCGGUGAGAGUUAAAAUCGAAUAUUUACGUAACGUUCUGACUGUUAUGAUGUCUGAUGGUUCAACCCUAAGGGAACCUCGUUAUGAACUUUGCCUUCGCGCUGAUAACGUCUUUUUGCCAAAGAAUGGCUUCUUCGGUAUAUCGGCUGCUACUGGUGGUCUAGCUGAUGAUCAUGACGUCUCUGAAUUUAGCGUCUUCUCAUUAUUCACUGAUCAGCAGAAACCACCAACUGCAACGUUGCCACAAGAAGAAAAACAAAAAUAUGAUGCUGAAUUCGAGAAGCAGAUGCAAGAAUAUGAAAAAGAGAGACAAAAAUUCAAAGAACAGCAUCCAGAUAAGGUAAAACUUGAUGAAACCGAAGAGGAUAUUGCUAAGUAUUUCGAAGAUGCAACUCAAAAAGAAUUGAGAAUGAUAUACGAAAGUCAAACGGCUAUACACCAAAUAAUGCAACAAAUGGAGCAAAAACUUAACGCAAUCAGUCAACAGCAAAACGUUCACACGUCUAUGCUGCAACAAGGAGCGGUCGCAGGCGGUGCUCAACAACAGGGUGGUGGUGCAGGGCAAGUUGCAGCGGGAGGAGGCUUUCUACAACAUGAGAAGAAUGAAGCAUUACAGACACUUCGCGAUCUCUUCUCGAGUGUGCGUGACAUGAAGAACUAUGUGAAUGAAAUCUUCACACGAACUUAUAAUAUGGAACAAAAAUUGGCAGCUGGAGGAUCAACAGCGCCAACUGGUGCUAUGGUACAAUCUGAUGCAGCAAUAAAGCAAUUCUUAGAAAAUAUUCAAAAUGAUGUCAGACACAUACGGAGCUCACAACUUGCCCAGAGUGGCCAACCAGGUGGCAGUUGUCCGAAUGUGACUUGUCUCACCUCAACGUUCUUUUUGGUCAUUAUAGCUGUUCAGAGUUGUACACUUGUUGGUCUUAUAUGGUUAAAAGCAAGACCCGAUAAGGCGAAGUUCUACUAA